AUGGUUUUGACAUCGGAUUACCAGCCAAUCGCGGCAGCAUCACAGUCCCCGCGUGUUUUUCCAUCAAGUGGAUUCCAAAUCAUCGACCCCUCCGACAAGGUUGAGGGGCAGAAGCUGCCCUUCUACGAGCGCGACGAGGACGGGAAAUACUGGACGCUCAAAGGGCACGUCAACACAAUGAAAUAUAAUCAGGAGCACGUAGUAUACCGCCACCUGGUUUUUGUCAUCACCCCUUUGGGCAUGAGUUUGAGGACGCUACAGGAGAUGCAGUCAAAACGCGUCUUCCAAAAACUGCUCGUCACGAGCUCCCUAGAUCAAGUCCUUGUCGGCUUGGACUGUCUCCACGGCGCCAAAGUGGUCCAUACUGAUCUGCAUUCGGACAACUUGCUUGUUGCCAUUACGGACGACUCCAUUUUGAUCAAAGUGGAAGAGGGCGAGAUUCUCGAGCCAGCAGCCCGGAAGCAAGAUGACGACCGGUUCAUCUACGUGCCACGGUACAUGCUGGGGGGUACAGGCGCGCUCAUCGUCUGUGGCCUCCCGAGGAACGACUGA